CCCUAAAAAUGGAUGUCUCAAUGCCGAAUGAAAUUACUUUAUUUCAACAUAGUCUAAUAUGCUUCAUUUAUUUGCCAGUCUCUAAACUGUUUAGUAUUGAUGUGUUAAUGUAUUAAAAACACCGGCUUACUACUCGUAAUUGUGAAGAUGUGUCCACUGCUAUUUGUGACUGUCUCCGUCAUCAUUUUGUAUCCUGUCGAUUCCAUUUGGCCUUCAAUAAUUCCUCCUCCACCAAAAUUAGAUUAUCACGAAUGGUGGGGUCCAGAAGAAAACACCACACAAGACACCAGCAUUAGACCCUUUAGAGUCCACUUUAACGAAUCAAUGAUAAAAGAUCUCAGGACUCGACUGACACACCACCGCCCCUUCACUCCACCUCUAGAAGGCAUCGGCUUUCAAUAUGGAUUCAAUACUGAUACCCUGGAAUCUUGGGUACAGUACUGGGCACAGGACUAUCCGUUUGCCGAGCGUGAGAACUACAUCAAUAAGUAUCCACAAUUCAAGACAAAUAUCCAGGGAUUAGAUAUACACUUUGUUUGGGUCAAGCCUGAGGUAUGUGGUAAUAAGAAAGUGGUACCACUGCUGCUUCUGCAUGGGUGGCCGUCGUCCAUACUUGAAUUUUAUCGAGCGGUGCCUUUCCUCACAACCCUGAGUGAUGGGAGAGACUUCGUGCUGGAACUGAUUAUUCCCAGUUUACCAGGUUUCGGGUACUCUGACUCAGCAGUUCGUCCAGGACUUGGACCAGUUGAAAUAGGAGUUGUACUGAGGAACUUCAUGCACAGACUUGGGCAUCAACAGUUUUACAUCCAAGGUGGAGAUGCCGGUAGCAUAAUUGGUAGCAUUAUGGCUACAAUAUUUCCGAAGGAAGUGCUAGGAUAUCACACUAACUUUGGUAUAGUCCUAGACCCAAAAGCUCUUAUACUUAUAGCCGGUAUGGCAGUGAAUCCUUAUCUCUUUAUGGACCCGAAACUUGUUCAUCGUUUGUAUCCUCUGACAAAGACUAUUGAGUUUUUAUUAGAAGAAUCUGGAUACUUCCUUAUUCAAGCUACGAAACCAGAUACCGUAGGUGUGGGUCUCACUGAUUCUCCUUCUGGUCUUCUAGCGUAUAUCCUAGAAAAGUAUUCUACGUCAACUAAUAAGGAAUAUAGACAGUUAAAAGACGGGGGACUUACAAGAAAAUAUACUAGGGAUGAGCUUAUCGAUAUACUCAUGAUAUACUGGACAAGCAAUUGCAUAACUACAUCGAUGAGAUUGUAUGCGGAGACAACGUCCAAAAAAGAGUUGGCAUUCAGAACUUACGAAACACCAACCACUGUGCCCACUUGGGUGAUUCAAGCGGAACACGAGCUUAUUUACGAGCCUCCGAACGCUUUACGAGUGAAAUACCAUAAUUUGGUAAAUGUGACAGCGAUCCCCUAUGGCGGUCACUUCCUCGCCUUAGAACUGCCGCAAGUUUUCUCUGAGGACGUUUUGGAUGCUAUAAAGACGUUUAGAGGUUCGCGGACAGCUAAGAUUAAGCUGUGAUCUCUCUGCGUAUUAUGUUUAAAAAUCUCUUAAAUUGUUUGUCUUAUAUCUUCCCAGUGUUCUUAUAUUUUAACCGUUGCUUUUAAUUUUUACUUUUGAACAUAUCUAUUAUUUUUGCUUUAUUUUAAUACAUUGACAUUGUCGACGAUCAAAUAAGUUUUUUUUUUUUAAAUUCCACCUAAUUUGUAUUUAGUAUUUAUAAUCUAUUUUGAUAUUUUAUAUAAAAAACCUCUUGUCAUAAUUAAUCAUAAUUAAAAAUAUUAUUUACUAUUUAUUUAAAAUGUCGCAGCGCACCUCAUCGAGGUUACUGACGACCCAAGAGCUGGUAGCUACUUUGCGCGAAAGAUAAGUUUGGUGUAAUGCUACCAGUGUCUUAAGUACGCUGCCUCAAUAUGGUGGC